GCCGAGGCGUUACUGUCACACAUACGCGUUGGGCUCUGUGCGCCAUGGGAAGGCAAACCGACGACGGGGCUCCGCCAGCGUCGUUCGGUGGAGCCGUUCAGUGACAGCUGACAGACAAACCGGGGGAACGUGACGCACGGGUAAACCGCUGCACGCUCCGGAAAUCGAUGGCACGGGGACAGAAGAUAUGCUGUAGCGUCAAGCCGUGCGUGCAUUUCGGAGCCGAGCCGACCGCGUGAGAAUGGGGCUGUUAUAGCUGGUUCGGACGUCUGCGUCUGGAUCUGUCUGUCCCCUCCGGUGGACGCGGCUGAAGACACCGGGGACACGGACGGAGGCAGGAGUGUUUUUGAGUCGACAUGGCAGCAGCCAUCGCCAGCGGUUUGAUCCGGCAGAAGCGACAGGCGAGAGAGCAACACGCCCACCGACCGACCGCGCACCGGCGGCGGAAAAGCCCCGGGAAGAAGCAUGGGCUGUGCAACGGCAACCUGGUCGACAUCUUCUCCAAAGUGCGAAUAUUCGGCUUGAAGAAGAGGAGGCUACGGAGGCAAGAACCACAGCUGAAGGGCAUAGUGACCAGGUUGUUCUGCAGGCAGGGCUUUUAUCUCCAGAUGGGCCAGGAUGGAAGUCUGGAUGGAACCAAAGAUGACAGCACUAACUCCUCUCUGUUUAACUUAAUCCCUGUGGGUCUGAGAGUUGUGGCCAUCCAAUCAGUCAAGACGGGCCUCUACAUCGCCAUGAAUGGAGAGGGUCACCUCUACUCCUCGGAACUGUUUACAGCAGAGUGUAAGUUUAAAGAGUCGGUGUUUGAGAACUACUACGUGAUCUACAGCUCCAUGCUCUACAGACAGAAGGAGUCGGGUCGAGCCUGGUUUCUGGGACUCAAUAAAGAAGGACAGGCCAUGAAGGGCAACAGGGUCAAAAAGACCAAACCAGCUGCACACUUUCUGCCUAAACCUAUAGAAGUUGCAAUGUACAGAGAGCCGUCGUUGCAUGAUGUAGGGGAGGCGGUGCCUAAACUCGCUGGAGGCCCGCCUUCCAAAAGCACAACGACUGAACCAGUGGUCAUGAACGGUGGCAAGCCAGUCAACAAACCUGACAAGGAGAAGACAUAACCCCGCCCACUUUACCAAUCUGUUGCAAUCUGAAGAAACAAAAUGGCAACAAUGGUCACAAAACUAACAAAAACAACAACCACAAAUAAAACAAUCAAACAAACACAGGACCUGACAAGUCAGCAAUGGGGCUGCAUGUCCCGCCUCACCUCUCUAACUAUUGGAUGGAUCCUGUGUUGUGGGGCAGGACCAAAGGAACAUAACGCUCCAGUGGGUGGUGGCGCAGGAGGACGACAAUGAUGUAACUGAAGAAGAAGAAGAAGCAGGAACAGUAAAGUUGGGCUGAUGCUGGCGAGACAUAUCAGACUCAGGACAGCGGCAUGUCCUGAUACGGAAACGACUCAUAGAAUCGAUAUAUACAAAAAAAA